AUGGUACAGUCACGAGGGCUCAUUGUCAUUUAUUUUUAGCACAACUAGUUAAUAAUGCUGUAAUUCUUCACAUUAAAAGAGGCGUGGAUACUUUUUAGGAGGAGGCCAGCCUGUAGAAACGAUCAGCAAGUAAGCUCUUUCUAGGUCCUCGAACUCGCUUGUAGAGCGACAGAUGGCCGUCGGCAGCCAAUUUCUACUAUAAUUCGCCUCCUGUCACAGUUGUUCGCGUUUUUCUCACAACAAAGGGCCUUGUCUAUUAUUAUUAUUAUCACUACUACUACUACUACUACUACUACUACUACUACUACUACUACUACUACUACUACUACUACUACUACUACUACUACUACUACUACUACUACUACUACUACUACUACUACUACUACUACUACUACUACUACUACCUUCACUUCCACCUCCAUCACCACCAUUAUCAUCACCAUCCAAUGUAG